GCUUUAACAUGAUAAUAUAAAUGUUAUAUUGAGUACUCGAUUCAUGAAUCUAUCGAAAUAUUCGGUUUUUUCCCCAAGUUGACAGGUCUGCGCUAAAUCACUGGCAAAGUACUCGAGAAUCGACAGCCGUUAAAAUUCUCAGAUUAGAUUUGUUGUUUUUAAAUGUUUGUGUACAAAAAAUUAAGGAACAUUGAAUAAAAGUAAAGCGAACAGUAAGAGUAAUAAACGAAAAGCUAUAAUGUGGAGUUAAAUUGUGUCGCAGUCGAGCAGCUGCAGCUGCAAGCCUUUCUCCAUGCCGCAACGGAGUUGAAAAAUCGAUUUUUCAAACACGAAUUGGAAAUGAGCAGGAUGUGCCAUUAACAAAAGAAUUACUGUCAUAGAACGCAUUAAAAUCACGCCAACAGUAUGCCUGAGAACUUGGAACUGCAUCAGUUCGUGGACGGGACGCGAACAGGGGACAUAUCAAAUCAAUGGCUGGAGCGUAUAAAGAGUCGCGUCAAAUGUCCCUAUCUGGGCAUCAUACUGGCCACCCUCUCCUCCCUCUUCUUCUCCCUCUGCUCAGUCAUAGUCAAGGGUCUUGUCGAUGUCAAUCCCAUGGAGCUAGCAUCGUUUCGUUUCGUUGGCGUCCUUUUACCCGCCAUCCCCAUCCUCAUAUAUACUCGACAACCGGUGUUUCCCGAGGGCAAACGGGUAAUUCUGCUGCUACGCUGCUUUAUGGGCACCACGGGCCUUAUGCUCAGCUUCUAUGCCUUCCGGCACAUGCCACUUGCGGAUGCCAGCGUCAUUAUCUUCUCCACGCCGGUGUUUGUCGCCAUCUUCGCGCGCGUCUUCCUCAAGGAGCCGUGCACGCUCUUCAAUGUGGUCACCAUCAAUAUGACGCUGCUCGGAGUCGUUCUCAUCACACGCCCGCCGCUCGUCUUUGGUGACGCAGUGCCUCCGUCUGUUGUCGAUAUCUCUGACAGCGCCGCUAGUGAAAGGUAUGCGGAAAAGAGCUACGACAUCUGGGGACCAGUUGCUGCCAUAUCCUCGACGCUGUUUGGUGCCAAUGUUUACAUUCUGCUUCGUGCUCUUAAAAAUCUACACUUCUCCGUGAUCAUGACCAAUUUUGGAGCCAUCGCCUUAGUCUACACUCUCAUCGUCUGCGGCUCCAUUGGCGCCGUUUGCUGGCCUAGCUGUGGACGCGAUCGCUGGCUGGUCGUCGUCCUUGCCAUCUUCAGUUUCCUGGGGCAAAUCCUGCUGACGCUGUCGCUGCAGGUGGAGCAGGCGGGUCCAGUGGCCAUCGCACGCUGUGCUGACAUCGUUUUCGCCUUCAUCUGGCAGAUGAUGUUCUUCGGCGAAGCGCCCAAUGCGUACUCUCUUUUUGGUGCCCUAAUGGUCGUCAGCUCGGUGAUUCUAACUGCCAUGAAGAAGUGGGCGAUGACUUUGCCGAGGGAGUCGUCGCUGCGCAAACGAUUGCGUCUCAUUUUGCUGGAAUAGAGGACUGGAUGUUGUAGUGAUAGUUAUUGAUAGUUAAUGGACUCGGACCCGACGCGUUUUGCGGUUUCUCUAAACUAGCGUCGUACUUUGAAAAAAUCAAAUUUGAGCAGAGGAAACACAUUUUGGGGGAACAAUGCUCAACAUUAAAUUCGAUUCGUACACUUAGACUUUAAAUAUUGAAAUGCUCAUUUAGUAUAUUAUAAUGGUGCAUUGAACACAUAUACUACAUAAUGAAGUAAAAAGUUUUAAAGUUCGAGCGUGAUACUCAUACCAUCAAAACAAAACAAAAGAAUAGUAAAAAUAAUAUUCAUACAUAUGACUAUGAUAUACACACAUUACACUUACUUAUAGCGUAACUAUUGUAUUUGCUUUAGUUUAGCCAAAUUCAUUGAGUUGUUGUUUUGUACAUUGUUAUACAUGCUUACACUACAGAAAGUAUUUCCAUCAACAUAAACUAAUAAAUCAAUUUAAAUUGUGAAAAAUCCAAACGGUUGGUCAUUUAAAUUACACAACUGCAAGCGGAAGAUGGCGCUGCCAUAGCAGUAAAACAAUCAGCUGGUUUGUUAUCGAUAGUUCUGCUCAGCAAUAUUAAUUGUUUUCUACUGACGUCACGCUUACAUAAAAUGUUGUUUAACAGACGCUUAACAUGAGUAACCUUAUCGCACAGCUGGCCUUGACUACAGCGCGUCGGCGCCACCGUUGCCACAACAAACCAUUAAAACGUAAUCAAGUGAAAACAAACAACAAACCAAUUGGCCGGUCAAUAAAAAUAAAAAGUUAACACAAAAUAGUGUGCGACGGCGACGGAUUUACAUGUUUUGAUAAUAUUAUUAUAUUUAAAUACAUUGAAAAAAGGAACACUACGCAAACAGAAAACAAACACGUUGUACAUUCGAUUCGAUUGUUGGCUUCAGCUGUUCGCAGUUGUUGUUGCUGCUGCUGUUGGUGUUGUAUUUAGAAACCCAAAUCGGCAAUUACGGCAUCCAGUUCGUCCUGCAGAUUCGUUGCCCUGGAACGCACCUGUGAAAUUUGAUCCUGCAAAUUGUCCACAUUCG